UGGAGCGGAGCCCAGAGCCUCGGCUGCCCGGCCGACGGAUGCCCCGGCAGGGCCCGUCCAUGGAUGCCAGCAAGAAGGUGGAUUUGAAGAUAAUCAUAAUUGGAGCUCUGGGCGUGGGCAAAACCUCCCUCCUGCACCAGUACGUGCACAAGACGUUUUACGAGGAUUAUCGCACCACGCUGGGUGCCAGCAUCCUGACCAAGGUCCUGGCGGUGGACAACACCCCCCUGAAGCUGCAGAUCUGGGACACGGGGGGACAGGAGCGAUUCCGGUCCAUGGUGUCGACCUUUUACAAGGGCUCGGACGGCUGCAUGCUGGCCUUUGAUGUGACAGACAGGGAGUCCUUUGAGGCCCUGGACAACUGGAGAGAUGACUUCCUGGAGAAGGUCAUUCCAAGGGAGCAGGAUUUCCCCAUGGUCGUGCUGGGGAACAAAAUAGACCUCUGUGAUCGGCAGGUACCCAAGGAAACUGCCUCAGCCUGGUGCAAGGAGAAGGACAUCCCUUAUUUUGAAGUCAGUGCCAAGAACAACAUCAACGUGGCAGAGGCUUUCGAGACCCUCGCGAAGCAGGCGCUAACGACGUACAAAGGGAUUUUUGAGAGUUAUUUAACUGACUCCAUCAAACUCACUCCCUAUGACAAGCCCAAGAAGAGCUGCUGCUGACCCCGGGCACUGCCCACACUGGACCCCACAAUGCCCACGGCCGGAGCCCCUCCCAGGGGUCUGUGCCCCGUGCCCAUCCCAGGGACUGUCCAAGCCAGGGCACAGCAGGACCAGCCCUGGACACACCGGGGCCAGCUCACUGUGCACCCCAGGACUUGCUGCUUCCCACGGCUCUCCUGAACCAGCAAAUCCCAAAUUGCUGCUGUGUCACGGUGGUCUAAUCCCCCUGGAUCUGCUGUCAUCUGGCACCCGAGCAGGCAAUGCCCCUGUGGUGAUGGUGCCAGUGGUGACAGUGC